AUGGUGUCCCAAUCACCUACAGGUAUGUAUUUAACUAUAGAUGUUCAUUACAGUGGAGUAUUUGCCCAAAAUCCGUUGAAAUACUUAGACCUCGAAAAGAUAACAGUGCGUGAUGUCGAUUUUGGAGGGUUUUCCUACAAAGAGUUUCUUUUGUGGCUUAGGAAUUUAACAAAUGGAAGUUGUGAUAAUGUGUACUACUGUAGUAGAAAGGAAACCUUAGGUGAGGGUAUUAUAAGAAUCGACAGUGAUGCUGAUUAUUGGGAGUUUGUUGAAGCUACUUAUACUCCUGAAGCUGAGUUGGAUGUGUACAUUGACCAACAAAAUGAUCCAAUCCUUGAUUGGGCUGAAAAUGAGGUGUUAUCAAAUGGUAAUAGGUAUGAUAGUGAAGAAGAGGAUGAGAAUGUAGAAGAGGAUGAUAGUGAAGAAGAUGAUAACUUGGAUGGUAUUAUGGCAUAUGAGCAUGAAGAGGAUGAAGAAGUCCAUACCUUUAACAAAACUGUUGGUGGCGAUUUUUUAAACAAACUUUCAGGUAAGCUUAGUGAUGAUGAUGAACCUAAUGAUGGAAAAGAUGAGAAAGUUGUAUUCCCUAUCCAUGAUGAGAACCAAGCAUGGGAUAAGAUGAUGCCAAUUCUAGGUAUGAAGUUUGCAAACCCAAUGCAAUUGAAACUAUGUCUAACUAAUUAUGCAGUGAAGAAUGGGUAUGACUUGUGGUACGAAAAAAGUGAUCAUAACAGGUUACUCGUGAAGUGUUGUAAAGGUAAAGUGAAUGUUGAAUUGAAUCAAGAAAUUGAUUUGGAAAGUGAUAGUGACAAUGAAGUUCAAAGGGAGCCUGAUAGUGAGGUGGAGUCUUAUGAAGUUGAUUAUGAAGAGGGUGAAUACCAGGCUAGAGAUGUAGAUCAAGUUGAACAGGUUGAAGUUGAAGUAAUUCAAGAUCCAAUUGGACAAGAUGACCAAGGACAGGCUGUAGUCCAAGAUCCAGUGGAAGAGGAGCAUAUGAUGGAAGUACCAGCAUUUCAGGUUCUACAGGGAAAGAGAAGAAGGAAACGAUCAGAAAGAAUCACAAAAAUUCAAAUAAGAAAGAAGUGGGAGGGAAAAGAGGGGAGUAGUUGUGAUAAACUAAUGGAAUUGGAUUAG